CGAACCACACAACCAGUUGUUUAAAUUUCUAAACCUGCGGGGAGACCACUCCUUUUUAUAGCUGCAUCUUUUCUCGUCUCCUCUCUUUUCUCCGCACACUCGCUCAGUUCCUGAGGGGGUGGUCUUGCAGUCAGUCACUCAGUGGAUGUGAGAGGAACAGAUUAGUUGCGCUUUUAUUGCGGAGCAGCUGCAACGGAAGAAAUAGGCGCCGGAGAGACACCGCUAACUGACCGUUUUCUCUUUCUUACCGGGUGAUGUAAAGAAAAACGGUGGAUGGAAUAUCGGACAUGGAUAGAGGGAGACCGCUGAAACUACUGGCUGAUUCUCUAACUUGUUGAUGCACCGUUAUUCACCAGUGCUUUGCUUUGAGGAGCUUUGCUUUGAGGAUUGUCCCUGCUUGUUGACGUAAAGCACCGUUAUUUACCAGUGCUUUGCUUUGAGGAUUGUCCCUGCUUGUUGGCGUAAAGUGAAGCGGGUGGAACAAAAGUAGUCUAUUUGUCCUCUUAUGAAGACAUGAUUUAACUAUGCAUUGUGAAUAAUAAGUUAUGAUGUCCAUUCACCUAUCCAUUUCCAAGCCAUAGCACUGUGAUUGCCGAAGCAGCAGGUUCGUUCAAAACACACCUGCCUCGUUCCAACCGGUCAGCAUGGCUGCAGGAGUGGCGGCAUGGCUCCCCUUCGCCCGCGCGGCGGCUAUAGGAUGGAUGCCUGUUGCUACCGGUCCUAUGCCCAUUCCUCCACGGGAAAACAAGAAAUCCCAAGAUCAGGGACUUAUCAUCCUCAACGUCAGUGGUCAGAAGUUCCAGACGUGGAGUAACACUUUGGAACGCUACCCGGACACUUUACUGGGGAGCACCGAGAAGGAUUUCUUUUUCCACGAGGAAACAAAAGAGUACUUUUUUGACCGUGACCCUGAUAUUUUUAGACACAUUCUGAAUUUCUAUCGCACGGGAAAACUGCACUACCCACGCCAAGAGUGUAUUGCAGCUUAUGAUGAAGAGUUGUCGUUUUUUGGGAUCAUACCUGAGAUUAUUGGAGACUGUUGCUAUGAGGAGUACAAGGACCGGCGGCGCGAGAACCAGGAGAGGCAGCAAGAUGACGAGGACGACGAGAAAGAAGAUAUAGCUCCGUUAAACAUGACCUUCCGGGAGUACAUGUGGCGGGCUUUUGAGAACCCCCACACGAGCACCACGGCCCUGGUCCUCUACUAUGUCACCGGGUUUUUCAUAGCCAUCUCAGUCAUGGCCAACGUGGUGGAGACGGUACCGUGUGGAACCCUCCCCAACCGCGCCAAGGAGAUCUCAUGCGGGGACCGUUACUCGGUGGCCUUCUUCUGUCUGGACACGGCCUGCGUCAUGAUCUUUACCAUCGAGUACCUCUUACGGUUAAUCGCAGCCCCAAGCCGGUACAACUUUAUGAAGAGUGUGAUGAGCAUCAUCGACGUGGUUGCCAUCAUGCCUUACUACAUCGGCUUGGUCAUGACGGACAAUGACCAAGUGAGCGGGGCAUUCGUCACCCUCAGGGUCUUCCGUGUUUUCAGGAUUUUCAAAUUCUCCCGCCACUCUGCGGGGCUGCGUAUCCUGGGCUACACACUGAAGAGUUGCGCCUCGGAGCUGGGCUUCCUCCUCUUCUCCCUCACCAUGGCCAUCAUUAUCUUCGCCACUGUGAUGUUUUACGCAGAGAAGGGCUCCGCUUCCACCAAGUUCACCAGCAUUCCCGCUGCUUUCUGGUACACCAUUGUCACCAUGACAACGCUGGGAUACGGUGACAUGGUACCCAAGACCAUCGUGGGGAAGGUGUUUGGUUCCAUCUGUUCUCUGAGCGGGGUGCUGGUCAUCGCCCUGCCUGUCCCCGUCAUCGUGUCCAACUUCAGCCGCAUUUACCACCAGAGCCAGCGGGCAGAGAAACGACGAGCUCAAAAGGCGUCCAAGGAAGCAGGACAGCUCCUAGUGGGAAAACCCAACAUUCCCUUUGAGAGCCAUCAUCACCACCUUCUGCACUGCCUGGAGAAGACCACAAAUCAUGAGUUUAUUGACGAGCAGACUUUCGAGACCAACUGUAUGGAGGUAGCCAUGGUGAACAAAUCCGGAUCUCGAACCUCGUCCCUGUCGUCGUCUCCCUCCGGCCUGUCGUCCUGCUGCUCCAGACGACACAGGAAGAAGAGCUCCAGUCUGCCCAACUGUAACAACCAGGAGCUUUCCACCAUCCAGAUCAGAGAGAGGCCUGUGGUCAACAGUCGCUCCAGCCUGAACGCCAAACUAGACUCUGAGACGGUGCCGUUGAAGAGCGAGCCCUACAUCACCACCUCCGUGGUCAACCUGCGUCCCGCCCCUCUCCCAUUGGUGACAUCAUCAGACGGUGACGGAUCCACCAGCUCCACCGUCAAUUAUUCUCAGAGCAACAUUGUCAGAGUGUCGGCCUUGUAGAUGUCAACUGUCAGUCAAGGUCUGUUUGGCUGACUGUUUGGCUGACUUUUUGGCUGACUUCAUAGCAAACUGUUUGGCUAACUGGUCUCAAGGAGAAACAGCAGCAGGAGAGAGAGAGAGAGAGAGAGAGACCACUAAUUGAUUGGACUAUUUGGUGGACGGUCAUCCUGACAGAAUCCCGCUAAUUUCCUGCAAUUCAACACACUUUGCAAUGUCAAUAAUAUCUGAGUGAGUAACUAACAAAAUAGAUUGGGGGCCCCCCUGGAGGUCAGGGCCCCUGGACACGUGCCCUGCGUUCCUGGUCGGUAUUCGGCCACGAUUACUACAAGUUUAGAUACCGUAAAACUUAAAUGAAUAGCCUGGCCGUUUAUUUUCUUAAAUCACUCAACAGGCGCUUAUUAGAGACAGGCUUCUAUUAGUCUAUUUCCUUAAUGCGCACAGCUUUUUGCUCAUUUGCAUAGUUAAUUGUUGAAUUCCAGCGUUUUAAUCAACUUCUUUAUUUCCUGCUCUACUGUGUUAUCAUUUACAUACUUUUGUAUUGCAAUAUAUAUAUAUUUUUUUACUUUUCCUUGACAGGAUAAUGAUUCUCCUCUUUUGACUGUGCAUUUUCAUCAGUUCUUACUUUCGCCACUAGAUCAGCCGAUUUCUAGGGGUCUGUACUCCUGAAGUUGUUGACUGUUUUUAUGCUUGCCAGUAAGGUAGCGGUCCUCAGCUGUUAUCAGCCAAUGGCUAGCAGUUCCUUACUGGUGAUAAAAACGGAUGAUUGACAUAAUUUUUUUGAGUCAUUACUGAGUUAUAUAAUUUAACAAAUCAAACAUUAAACAAUUAAUUUAGAACCAGCAUUUAUUUUAAACAAGUGUUUAUUUUCUGCAAGGUGUGCAGUUGCCCAGCUAUUAAAAAGGGUCAGGUGGUUAUUUGAAACUCUGCGUUUAUUGAAGUUUUACAGUAGCUGGCUAAACUAACUUACUAAUCUAAACAUUGUUAGUUGACUGACAUAACAAGAGAAAAAUUGCAGAUGCACAACCAAAUUUCAAACUUGCACCUUGUGUAUUCUGUUAUUCUAACUCAACAGUAAGUUGAGACCCUGACUGAGUUCCUAGCAGCCUGGCCACAUACAGUUGAAGUCUGAAGUUUACAUACACUUAGGUUGGAGUCAUUAAAACUCAUUUUUCAACCACUCCACAAAUUUCUUCUUA